GCAUGCGCAGUGUAAACUAAAGCAUUUCCUGUCAAGAUGGCGCUGAGCAGAGGAGCAGGGUUGUGGAGGACGUGCUGCAGGUUGAUACCCAAACAUCCGGUCCUGUCCCCCCUUGCGGUGCGAACGCAGAGCUCCGUGAGCCGGGACCCGGUGCCCCGGACCUCCCUGUCCCAGCCGCCGUGGCCGGAGCAGAUGAUCCUGGUCCCGGAGGAGGAGGAGCGGAGCCGGCACGCCGCGGUGGUGAGCACCGUGAACCAGCGGAUCCUCCAGCGGGACUUCGGCCGCCUGUUCGCCGUGGUGCACUUCGCCGGCCGCCAGUGGAAGGUCACCGGCGAGGACCUGAUCCUGAUCGAGAACCACAUCGAGGCGGAGUGCGGGGAGCGGAUCCGCCUGGAGAAGGUGCUGCUGGUCGGCGCGGAGGACUUCACCCUGCUGGGCAGGCCUCUGCUGGGGAAGGACCUGGUCCGGGUCGAGGCCACCGUCUUGGAGAAGACCGAGUCCUGGCCCAAGGUCCACAUGAGGUUCUGGAAGAGACACCGGUACGAGCGCAAGAGGAUCAUCAUCCAGCCGCAGACGGUGCUCCGGAUCAACAGCGUCGAGCUGGCCCCCAGACUCGCAUGAGGACCAUAACGGGACUAGUUCACACACACACACACACACACACACACACACACACA